GUGGGGGAAAGAAACCACAUAGGGCUGCUGUGUAUUUAAGAGAUCAGCUGGACCCAGAGUGAUCAGUCAGGCAGAAGUGCAAGGGGAGUUGCAAUGGCAAGUGGGCUGCGGUAUCCGGGGAAGGUGGUGAUAGUAACCGGGGCCACCAGGGGCAUUGGCGAAGGCAUCGUCAGAGAAUUUGUUUUCCAAGGAGCCAAAGUGGUUUUCUGUGCCCCAGAAUGUGAAGAAAAACAGGGGAAGGCGAUUGAGCAGGAACUACAUGAUUGUGGGGCUGCUGGGGAAGCUCACUUUCAGAUCUGCGAUGUUCGCUGCGAAGAAGCUAUUCAGAAUCUGGUUGCUGUAACCAUUGAAUAUUAUGGAUGCCUUGACUGCCUGGUGAACAAUGUUGGAGUCCAUCCCCCUUACAAAACAAUUGAUGAUUUCACUGCACAAGAAUUCCGCGACAUCAUGGAAAUCAAUACUGUCAGCUACUUCUUAGCAUCUAAGUACGCUCUGCCUUACCUCCGAAAAACAAAAGGGAAUAUCGUCAACAUCUCCAGCAUUGUCAAUAUUAUAGGAGACAAGCUAUCCUUAACCUAUGCUGCAACCAAGGGUGCUGUUACUGCGAUGACAAAAGCUCUGGCCAUCGAUGAGAGCAAGCAUUGUGUCCGAGUCAACUGCAUCUCACCUGCCAAUAUCUGGACUCCAUUGUGGGGAAGACUUGCAAGCGAAACACCUGAUCCAGCGGCAACGAUCCAGCAAGGCAAAGAUGCUCAGCUUUUGGGACGGAUGGGGACCCCUGCAGAGAUUGCCAAGGCUGCCCUGUACCUUGCUGCCGAUGCCACAUUCUGCACAGGAUUUGAUCUUGUGCUUAGUGGUGGAGCUGAGCUUGGCUAUGGCCAUAAGAGCCCAUUUACUUCUGGAUGUGACUCUAAAAACUAGUGGAGCCAACCAGGAUGGGAGGACUGCAAUGGCUACAACAAGGGAAGAAACAAAUCAAAUAGUGCACUGCCUUGUCAUGGAUGAGCAAACAUGUUUGCAUUUAUGUUUGGAAGACUGCAAAUUUUCAACUCACGAUUGUCACACACCAGCACUGGACCAGAACCUGCUUUGAGAUGUGAAAAUCCGAUUUGUCUAUUGAUUCAAUGGGAAUAUAAUUCAGAAGUUUCUCCUUGGGUACAUAUGUACUGUAGAAUAAACAGUUUGGAACCACUUUAGCUGCCAUUGCGCAAUGCUAAAGAGUCCUGUGAGUUGUAGUCUUGGAACUUCACUGCCAAAGAGAGCUUGUGCUUCACCAGACUACAACUCCCAUGAUUCCAUAGCAUUGAGACAUUGGUGCUAAAAUGGUAUCAAACUGCACUAAUUCUACAGUAUAGAUCAGGUAUGGGCACACAUUGGCCCUCCAGGUGUUUUGGACUUCAACUCCCAUAAUUCCUAAAAGCCUACCGGCUGUUAGGAAUUGUGGGAGUUGAAGUCCAAAACACCCAGAGGGGCGGAGUUUGCCCAUAUCUGGUAUAGAUGCAUCCCUAGCUAUCAUUUUUUUGUAAACACUAAAUCCUUUAUAUCUGAUAUGCUUUCUCAUGGCUGUAUUUAAUCCAAGAAACUUUGUUUUCCCCUUGAUGCUUCCUUUGUGUCUAAACCAAUGCAUUAAAAAAAUCAACACUGGA